AUGCGCCGGCAGGAAACGAUGAGUCGUUUCACCUGGGAGCUGCAGGGCCGCGUGUUUAACCCAGGGCCUCCUCCUGCCUGGCACAUUAUUCCGAAUAAUAAAUGCCAGAUCAUGCUGCUGGAGACGCCGGCAGAAAAGACGAGAGGGAGGCGAGUGAGGACUCCCCGGGGUGUGGGCGCGAUCGGCCAUCCUACCCUUACCCCGCUGCGGCCGCAGGGCUCGGCCUGUAGGGCGCGAGCCCCCCUUCCCCACCCGUAUCCCGGCUUCGGAGCUAAAGGAACACGUGAGGCCGAAGCAAACCGAGUAGAGGGCGCCAGGGCAUCCCGCCCGAGCUGCAGAGACGCGGACCCCUCCUCUUACCCAAAACCAAAUGGGCAGGGGGCUCCGCCGCAGAGGGCUCGCCGAGGCGCUCGCCUUCACCCGGCGCCGCGCAGGUGCCCGCUCUCCUGCGGGGAGAGCCGAGUGGAGGCGCUGCCGCAGGGUCUCUCUGGAAGCCCCUCCACCAGCACUCCUGAGGCCUGCGGCCUCCGCCACCCGGACGCUUCUACACACGAAGCGCGCGCUGGGGCUACGCUGGGCGGGGCUCACGGCGGCGUGGCUGGUGGGGGGGCCGCCGAGCCGCCUCCUCCGCCCUGGGUGCCCGGCUGGCCCUCCUCCCGCCCAAGGUGCCCUGAUCGCUAG